GGACGCGCGCGCCCGGGACCCCGGCGCCGCCGGGGUCGCGGGUACAGCCGGGAGCUGCCACCCCGUCCCCUAACCCGUUACUUUCCCCAAACAAGGUGGACCGGCACACCUGCUGCAGGUGUGCGCGUGAUGCCGCCCACGGGUCCCCGCAGGGCCUGGCAGCGCCACUCGUGUUCCAGGAUAGGGUGGCUCGAGGUAGUCUUGGGUCCCGGGCUUUCUUGGCAGACAAGCCGGGUCCUUGUCUCAUUCUGCUUCUCCAAGGGCCGGUUCACCUGCUUCGGAUUUGCGGGGGAGAAAGGACUUGGAGAGGUUUGGGCUGUCUACUGCUUGGUUGUCUUCAAGCAUGUGAUUCGGUGAGAGUGAAGAAAGGUGCCCUACAGUGUAUGAAUGGUUGGUAUGACAGACAGAGCCUUUGAUCCCUGUGAAACACCCUGCCUUCAAAUCCUUGAGACCUGAGAUGUUUGGAAAACCGCUUAGCUGGAAAAAGCUUAGCUGACACUUGUGGCGUCUUUCCUCAAUGUGUUUGUUUUUUGGAAUCCAGAUGGUUAAAAUUGUCCAGAUAAUAAAGCUGCCAAAUCAGCUGUGCAGAUUGUGCUGGUGGAGGGAAUUCCAGAGAUCCGAUUAAGAGGGAAACUACCCUGUGGCUGCCCCUCCUUCAGCCUUUCUACACGGCUACUUUGGGGGACUCCUUUUUCUCUACUGCAGUCAAUCAUGCUGUUGAUAGUCAAGGUGUGCAGGCGAUUGGGAAUCAUAGAAGUUGAUUAUUUUGGACUGCAGUUUACGGGUAGCAAAGGUGAAAGUUUAUGGCUAAAUCUGAGAAACCGGAUCUCCCAGCAGAUGGAUGGGCUAGCGCCCUACCGGCUUAAGCUGAGAGUCAAGUUCUUCGUGGAACCUCAUCUCAUCUUACAGGAGCAGACGAGGCACAUCUUUUUCCUGCACAUCAAGGAGUCGCUCUUGGCAGGCCACCUCCAGUGUUCCCCAGAGCAGGCUGUGGAACUCAGUGCCCUCCUGGCCCAGACCAAGUUUGGGGACUAUAACCAGAACACUGCCAAGUAUAACUACGAGGAGCUGUGUGCGAAGGAGCUCUCCAGUGCUGCGUUGAACAGCAUCGUUGCAAAGCACAAGGAGCUGGAGGGCACCAGCCAGGCUUCGGCCGAGUACCAGGUUCUGCAGAUCGUGUCUGCCAUGGAGAACUACGGCAUAGAGUGGCACGCUGUGAGGGACAGCGAAGGGCAGAAGCUCCUCAUUGGGGUGGGACCCGAGGGAAUCUCAGUCUGCAAGGAAGACUUCAGCCCCAUUAAUAGGAUAGCUUACCCUGUGGUGCAGAUGGCUACCCAGUCAGGAAAGAACGUGUACUUGACAGUCACCAAGGAGUCUGGGAACAGCAUUGUGCUCCUGUUUAAAAUGAUCAGCACCAGGGCGGCCAGUGGCCUCUACCGAGCAAUCACCGAGACGCACGCGUUCUACAGGUGUGACACAGUGACCAGCGCCGUCAUGAUGCAGUACAGUCGUGACUUGAAGGGCCACUUGGCAUCUCUGUUUCUAAACGAAAACAUUAACCUCGGCAAGAAGUAUGUCUUCGAUAUUAAAAGAACAUCCAAGGAGGUGUACGACCACGCCAGGAGGGCUCUGUACAACGCUGGCGUUGUGGACCUCAUUUCCAGGAGUGACCAGAGCCCCCCCAGCUCUCCCCUGAAGUCCUCAGAGAGCAGCAUGAACUGCAGCAGCUGCGAGGGCUUCAGCUGCCAGCAGACCCGGGCGCUGCAGGAGAAGCUGCGCAAGCUCAAGGAAGCCAUGCUGUGCAUGGUGUGCUGCGAGGAGGACAUCGACUCCACCUUCUGCCCCUGCGGCCACACCGUGUGCUGCGAGAGCUGCGCCGCCCAGCUGCAGUCGUGCCCAGUCUGCAGGUCCCGCGUGGAGCACGUGCAGCACGUCUACCUGCCCACGCACACCAGCCUCCUCAACCUCACUGUCAUCUAGCCUGUCCUGCGUCCAUCGACAUGCCAUAUUUCCACGAACUGCACUAUUGUAAACUAUAAGAAGGACAACUGUGGAGAGAACCCCACUCCCAACCACCCAUCUGCCAUGCCGCAUUGAAAAAACAAAGAAAAAAGAAGAAAAACCGGAACACAAGUUCUCACUCCAAAAUCACAUCUGUGUGCAGAACCAACACCCCCGGGGUGGGGGCCUGGAAGACUCUGGAACGUGACACAUUCCUUGUCUUGCGUUUUUUUAUGAUCAAGUAAAGGAAUAGGUAAGGUCUUCUGUGUCAGUUAAGUGGCAGCGUAGCCAAGAAGUGGGUACAAAUGACCUCCUAAGUCUCCGCGGUGCAUCCUGAGGGAGGCUCCCACCUGCGGCAGGCUUUGUCAGAAUUAGUUUCACGAAUUUACUUGGUUCUUUUUGUAAGGUCAUGGAGAGCGGAACAUUCUUAAUAGGAACAUUUUUCUUAAAUAGUUGUCAUUAUAUGUCAUUUUUGUUUUUAUAACUUGUUCAAGAAUGACUGGAUGCAGGCAGGUCUCAGAGUCCAUCCCGUGACUCCGGACAGUUUGGCAGCCGAAGUGCAGGUUUCAAUGGGACCGGCAACAGACAGCCGGGAGCAGCUCCGUUCUUUCCCUUCCCUGCCCGCUGUGCCCAGGCCUUUGGGGAUCAGAUGCUGCCAGUUUGGUUGAAGGGUCUCUGGCACAGUCAAGCACUCCUUGGGCUUUGGAUUGGUGGGACAUUUUAAGAUUGGAAAGGGAGAGCGCUUUCCUGGACGGGGAAGCCUCGCUCACCCACGCCACGCCACGCCCCGGCACCUGCGAGGUCCUGUCUUCACUCCUGGUCCCUCGCCGCCAGCUUCACCCAUGGGUGUUGCUGUGCUUGAAUGAUCUGAGGUCCUCAGCCUUAUCAUACAUUUCUAGAUACUGCCUCCUCCUUGUUGUGUGGUUUAGCGGGGUUUUGUUUUGUUUUAUUGGGUUGUUUUUUUUUGGGUUUGCGUAUGUGCUUUUUAAGUAAGUGUUUAGAUCUUCUUUGGGUGGAUCCCGCCAUGGGGUUCUUUGGUUUCUCUAUUCUUAGACAUAUUUUUCACUCCCACUGGGCAUUUUGGAAGCUGGUUAGUUAGCAGGUUUUCAAGGAUGUCAGGAAACCUACGUGACCUUAUCGGGUGCAAUACUAGCUGAGUUAAAGCUAGGAACUACACUGUCACUUUACUGAUAUUUCUGAGUAUACUUUUCAUAUUGCCUUAAUGUAGCAGUAAUGUGUUUAUGCAUUUGUUUCUUUGCACAGACGUUUUGUCAAAUAUUAAAACUCUACUUUUUUAUGGCACAUAUUAGCAUUAUAAGCCUUUAUUCCAAGAGGUAUUUAUUUUUUCACUUGUAAAAAAAUAAUGUUUCCACAUAAAGAACUCUGUUAUAUCCUAGAGGACUUCUGUCUUUUAUAUUCAGGAUAAUAAAGAAUUUAAAGCAAA